CGCGUCUCUACCUAAGGCCUCCUGAUAAUUAUAGAAGCCAUGGCGGACUCAGGCGGCGAAGCUAUGGUGAACCUCGAGCGGCACCGCCUGCGACUCGAGGAAGCUACGGCCAAGCUGCAGCAAGCUCUCAAGCACUGGAAGACGUGGGAGCUCGAAUACGAGACACUGAAAGAAGAGAUCCAGCACGCAAAGUCCCCUUCCCCAUCCCAAAUGCUUGCGAUUGGCCGAGAUCUCGGCGGCUCUCUCGUCAACGAAAAAGAAGUCGCAGAGCUGCUCGGCAAAGACAAGCAGGCAAAGCGCACAGCUACCCAAGUGGUUGAAAUGAUCUCCAGACGCGUUGACUAUGUCCAGCAGAAUGUCUCAACGGUCGAGAAGCAUUUGCAGGCUGCAGAGAGGAAGUUAGAGGCUGCUGAGGUGCUGCUAGAGCCGGAUAUAGAGAAUGAGGAGGGUUUGCCGUUGAUGGAUAUUCAGGAAGAGCUGGAUGAGGAGGGGAAUGUAGUUUCGAGUACCGUGUUGCAGCCAGGGAAGGCGGCGCCGGAGAUUCUGGAGACUCUCAGGAAGGCUGGGUUGAAGGAUGUAGUACAGAGCAGUAAGAAUGCUUCGCAAGUCGCGGAUGUAAAAGCGCCCGCAAAGAAACCCCCAGCAACAACUACCAACGACCCCUCGAAAGCUGCGCCAAACGGGUCUACGCUUGCUGAAUCAAUCCCAACCUCAUCGGGACCUGCUGCUAAGAAAUCUGUCUCCUUCUCGGAAGACGCGAAGCCAGACCCGUCAACCACUAGGCCUUCUAGUCUCACCACUACUGGCUACAAUGAAGAUUUGGCAGCCUAUACAUUUAACAAGGGCAAGAAGGUCAUCGAAGUCGACGAGGACGACAAUGAAAUUGUCUCGUACCCGAUCAUUCCCACGGACGAGUCUCCCCAGGACACCGCCCUCCGACGACAAAUGCUACAAUACAACCUAGAUGAAGUGGGCCAAGUAGUCGCCGAGAUUGACCUCGAUGGGCCAGCAGAAUACGACUCCGAUGAGAUGGACGAAGACUAUGGUACCGAGGAAGAUGAAGAUGAGGUUGAAGACGAGGAUCAGUAUGGUCGAAGCACACGGCCAAUGCUCACUGAAGAUUAUAAGCAGCAAAUGAUGGACUUGGAAAGGAAGCUAAACGCCAAAAUGCUGGAAAAUGUUGGGCCACGGCCUGAUACACAUCCCUUGGCCGAGUACGCAGACGACGUUCGCAAACUCGUGGUGCAGAAAGACGAAAAGAAUGGAGAGCCCAUGGUCAUUUCAGAGCCUCUGCCGCAAGAAACUGGAUCAAAGAAGAAAAGCGUACGCUUCGCUGAUAAUCUUGAUGUCUCUCUUCCUGCACCCAUCGAGGACUGGAUGGAAAUCAAUCAGCCAAACACGCCUCACGCUCCCACGAUCUCCGACACCAUUAUCGAACGGAGUGGUCCCACCCCUACACCAACUCCGACAAUCCCCUCAAAGCCCACCAAAGUAUCCCGCUUCAAAACUGCCCGAUCAUCUCAACCCCAGCCUCCUGCAGCCGCCCUCCCCAUCCCAAACAUCACCACCCUGCCACUAACACACCAAGGACCUCCCGGCCGCCCCCUCUCCUCCACCAUCAUCGAACACGCGCCUAAUCAAACCCCUAGCCAACCUCCGGACGACCUCGAUCCUGUGCUCUUAAGCCGUGAAAUCCAAACUGAGUACCACAAGAUGCGGAACAAAGUACUUCAACAACAAGACGGUUUCGCACUUUCAGAGGAAGACAAACAUGAUCCACUGAUGGAGGAAAGGGACGGUAAGGUGCGGAAGGUGAGUCGAUUUCGAGCGGCGAGGUUGAGACAGGAGGGUGUGGAUGAGGUUUGAAAGCGGCGAGUCAAAGCCCAUAUCCAGAUCCACGUUCAAUACCAUUCCCGUUCACAUGCAUAUCCAUACCCCUAUCUCAGUCAUCUCCUAUUCCUCCGCCUUUCCUGUCCUCAAAGUUACCCCCUUUGCAGUGAGAAGUGAGGGAAACGGAACAUUCAUAUGCCCGUGAGAGAUACCUAUCCCAUGUAUCUACGCUCACAUUUUUACUGUUCCGAGAUUAAAAGUGCAUACACAGGGCUCUCUGACGUGGCGUGCUUGGCUUUCUGUGGUCGUCAUGAUUUAUUUUGCCCUGUACAUCUUUCUGUAUUACC